UUCUCAACCCGCACGAAGACUGUUAUAAGCAAGGAAAGUUUGACAAGUGGUGCUCAGUUUCUCUGUAGUCCCAAACUUGGAUUUCAAGAAAGCGGCGACUGUUUGAGAAGAAGUUACGGAGAAAGUGCCUCCGGGCUCUCUUCUUACUUCUCGGUGACUUUCCAGUUAGAACUCCCUCGAGAUGGGUGACUGGAGUGCUUUGGGAAGACUCCUGGACAAAGUCCAGGCUUACUCCACGGCCGGUGGAAAAGUCUGGCUCUCCGUGCUUUUCAUCUUUCGCAUCCUGGUGCUGGGGACGGCAGUGGAGUCGGCGUGGGGCGAUGAACAGUCGGCCUUCAAAUGCAACACGCAGCAGCCCGGUUGCGAGAACGUCUGCUACGACAAGUCCUUUCCUAUCUCGCACGUGCGCUACUGGGUGCUACAGAUUAUCUUCGUGUCCACGCCCACGCUGCUCUACCUGGCUCACGUCUUCUACCUGAUGCGCAAGGAGGAGAAGCUCAACCGCAAGAAAGAGGAGCUGAAGUUGGUGGGCAACGACGGUGGUGACGUGGAGAUCCCGCUGCAGAAGAUCGAGAUGAAGAAGCUCAAGCACGGGCUGCAGGAGCACGGCAAGGUCAAGAUGAAGGGCGCCCUCUUGCGCACCUACAUCUUUAGCAUCCUCUUCAAGUCGCUCUUCGAGGUGGGCUUCCUGGUCAUCCAGUGGUACUUGUACGGCUUCACGCUUGCGGCAGUGUACACUUGCGAGCGCGACCCCUGCCCGCACCGCGUGGACUGCUUUCUCUCCCGGCCCACGGAGAAGACUGUCUUCAUCAUCUUCAUGCUGGUGGUUUCGCUGGUGUCCCUGGGGCUCAACGUAGUCGAGCUGUUCUACGUCUUCUACAAGCGUAUCAAGGACCGCGUCAAGGGGAAUCAGGGUAACCUCUACCCCAUCGCCGGCACCAUGAGCACCACGCCCAAGGACAUGUCCACCACCAAGUACGCCUACUACAACGGAUGCUCAUCGCCCACCGCCCCACUCUCCCCCAUGUCACCGCCAGGCUACAAGCUGGCCACGGGGGAGAGGACCAACUCCUGUCGCAUUUAUAACAAGCAGGCCAACGAGCAGAACUGGGCCAACUACAGCACGGAGCAGAACCGGCUGGGCCAGAACGGCAGCACCAUCUCCAACUCGCAUGCCCAGGCCUUUGACUUCCCAGAUGGCACCCAGGAGCACCAGAAACUGCCGCCGGGCCACGAGCUUCAGCCACUGGCGCUCCUGGACCCAAGGCCUUGCAGCCGGGCCAGCAGCCGCAUCAGCAGCCGACCACGGCCGGACGAUCUAGACGUCUAGCCCCGGCGGUCAAUCCCCCACCCACCCCUCUUUGUCCCAGCCACCAUCCUCGACCCCCCCACCCUUCCCUCCCUGUCUUCCUCUAGGUCCCCCACUCUCUCUCUCUCUCUCUCUCUCUCAAUCCCUUUGUCUUCUGAAGAGCGGGGGGUCACCAUGGCCAGAGAACAGAAGGCACAAAGAGGCCACCUCACGUGCUAGGAGCAAAGAGGAAUAAGAGUAGGGUGGUGAGGCCGAUGGUUCCUCCUCUACCCCCCUGACCCUCCCUUCCUCAUCCACUGUUCUCACCAGACUCUAGUCAUCAGAGACUUUUAAAAAACAAUUACUUAACACUGCUGGAGGUACUAUCUAUUAAUGAUGAUGUUGAAACUAGUGGAGCUAACAAGCCUUAACAACAGAACAGCUAUGGAGGAGGGAAGGGCACAAGACUCUGAUGUUCUGUUUGCUGAUUCCCAUGACAGUCCCUCACUUCACAGUAGAAGAUUAUGCCUUGGUGAUGUGUUUGGUUUGAUCGACCUGUGUUGGUGUAAUCCGGUGACCAUACACACACACACACACACACACCCUCUAACACACACAUGCACACACACACACCCACAUAGAAAAACAAAGAACAUUCCAAUUUGAAAAUGUUGCACUUGUAGUUCAUUUACUGAAAGCAGUCUAACACGAACUAAAGAAAGAAAGGAAAACAUAAAAAGGAAACAAAUCACUUGGGUCUAGUCCCCAUUAUGCGCCUUCUCUCGCAAGACCUCAAGUCCAUCAUGUGAAACAGGGUUGUGAGUAAAUUCUAAUGCUAAAUAUCAUGACAUACUAUUUAUUUAUUACCAAACAUAUACAGGACAUCCACCACUAGGCGAGGAUUGACUACUACCCAAGGUCAUAAUCAUGUGAGUAAUGUUUGAAGUCACUAUACCCAACUGCAUAUUUAUUGACCACAAUCCAAAUUUCAGAAAUACACAAGUGAAAGGUCGCUCUUUUAGUAAUUGUAGUGGACUGUCAUUUCCUGAUAAACUUUGAAUUUAUGUGCUGUCAGUUUUAUUGAUUUGUGUUUUUUUUUUGUGGGAUAUGUUUGAUGUCUGGACUAAAGCUGCUGUAAGAUACACAGCUUGACUCUUUUGCAAAAUUUUGUUUUUAAAACUUUUUAUUUUAAAGAAAUGUUUUGUUUUUCUCUUUUUCUCUCAAAGGUGAUAUUUUAUUUUGUUCUUUUUUGAAUGGGAGAAGAAGGCAGUGGAGAGCGUUUUUUUUAUUAAUUUUUUUUAUUCAAUGUAAUCUUGCUGCUUGAGAGAUAGAUUUUUAGUACUGUAAAUCAAGCUAACUGUGUCACAAAUGUGAGUUUUUAGAAGACUGCUUAGAGAGCUGGACUAAUAUUUAGUCACUAUAUUGAAAUAUGGUAUACACCAAUGUAGCUCCACAAACACCAAACAUUAGUUGAUGAAAUUUCAAUUGGACAAUUAUGAAUUCCACAACUUUGCAUCAUAGAUUUUGGUACUCGAACACGCAGGAUCAGGAAUUAUGUUUCAGCUACAAUGGUGUUUGCACUGAAAUCCUGGCUAGGUUGUAAUAUGAUGCAAAAAAAGUGGCAAAUGUUCUCUGAUAUGCAUGAUACUAAUUUAUUUUUUACAACAUACAAGGCAAAAAAUGACCACAUUUCCAUAGAGCUGUACCUUUGGGUUUUGAUCUGUUGAUGUCAAUAUCAGAUUUUCCAUCCAAUGACAGACAAAAAUUUGUUUGCAUAUUUGUUUGAUAGAAGUGUGAUGAGAUGAAGUCACUCCAUGGAAAUACACUGUUGUACAGUGUUCAAGUGCAUGAGAAGAAAAAUAACAGAACAGAACAAAACAAAACAAAACAUCAUUAAUCAUAUCUGUGAAAAGCUAAUUUUAACCAAUAAAGAUUUUUUUCUUUCUUA